UCCGCGCCCGCCCCGCCCCGCGGCCCGCCCUCCUCUCCUCAGCGGCGUAAUGGCUGCUCCCGUGACCCGGGGGGCUGCUACCCGAGGGCAGGCGAAUGGUGACUGCAAUCCCAGCGGAGCCGCAGUUGUCAGCGACGAGGACAGCAAGGACUGUAUCCUGGAGCCGCUGUCCCUGCCAGGAGGCCCAGGUGGCCCCACCACUCUCGAAGGCCCCUCAUUUGUGCCGUGUAUUUUCUGUGAAGAAUGUGUUCCCGUGGCCGAACAGGACCAGCUUCUGAAGCACAUGAUUAUUGAACAUAAGAUGGUCAUAGCUGACAUCAAAUUGGUUGCUGACUUCCAAAGGUACGUUUUAUAUUGGAGGAAAAGAUUCACUGAACAGCCCAUCACAGAUUUCUGUAGUGUGAUAAGAAUCAAUUCCACAGCCCCUCUCGAAGAACAGGACAAUUAUUUUCUGUUAUGUGACGUUUUACCAGAAGAUAGAGUACUUAGGGAAGAGCUUCAGAAACAAAAACUGAAAGAAAUUCUGGAACAGCAGCAGCAAGAACGAAACGAUAACAGUUUUCGUGGCCUUUGCAUGUUUUGCAACACGGAAUUCCUCGGAAACAGAUCCAUCCUUUUGAACCACAUGGCCAGAGAACAUGCUUUCAAUAUUGGACUGCCAGACAACAUUGUGAACUGCAGUGAAUUUCUGUGUAUAUUACAGAAAAAGCUUGAUAACUUGCAGUGCCUGUACUGUGAGAAGAUCUUCCGGGACAAAAGCACGCUCAGAGAUCACAUGAGGAAAAAGCAGCAUCGUAAGAUCAACCCGAAGAACAGAGAAUACGACCGGUUUUAUGUCAUCAAUUAUUUGGAACUUGGGAAAUCGUGGGAAGAAGUUCAGUCUGAAGAUGAUCGGGAGCUGCUGGGCCCUCAGGAAGAAGACUGGUCUGACUGGAAGGAGCACCCCGUCUCUGCUGUCUGCCUGUUCUGUGAAAAGCAAGCGGAAACGAUCGAGAAAUUACGUGUCCACAUGGAGGAUGCUCACGAAUUCGAUCUCCUCAAAAUAAAGUCAGAACUGGGAUUAAAUUUCUAUCAGCAAGUGAAACUGGUCAAUUUCAUUCGGAGGCAGAUUCACCAGUGUAGAUGUUAUGGCUGCCAUGUGAAGUUCAAGUCCAAAGCAGACCUGAGGACUCACAUGGAAGAAGCUAAACACACAUCGCUGCUUCCUGAAAUGAAGACAUGGGAUCAACCGGAGUAUUAUUUCCCAACCUACGAGAACGACUCUCUGCUGUGCACGCUGUCCGACAGUGAGAGUGACCUGACGGCGCAGGAGCACAGUGGAAAUGUGACCGUCGUCAGUGAAGACACGUCGAAACUGCGCGCUUUGAAACGAAGCAGCAUCCUGAACCAGGUGCUCCGGCACCAGUGCCUGGAGGGCUAGAGGGAGCCGCCGCGCGAGCAGCUUUUCGUGUUUCUCCUGUGAGACAAACAUAAAAGCACAACUUAAACGUGGACGUCAGCAAAGGAUUAGUCCUUGGUGAAAUAAACUUAAAAAAAACUUUUUUCCCAAAAAAUAAAAUAUAAAAAUAAAAUGAGGACUUUUUGUUA